ACAGUUAGCAAAUGGGGGUGUGGCCUCCACGUAGCUCCGCCCAUGUCUCUCUGGCUUUUUAUACCCUGGCAGCGUGAAAUCCGGACCACUUGAUGCAAGUUAGUGGAAUGUCGGCCUCAAGUGUCGCUUUAAGAGCGUCUUCCCUGAAGGGAAAAGUGACCCUGAUCACGGGUGCCAGCUCGGGUAUCGGUGCAGGCACGGCCGUCCUGUUUGCGAAACUGGGAGCUGUCCUGGCACUCAAUGGCAGAGAUGUGGAGAAUCUGACGAAAGUGGCCAAAGAGUGUACAGAGUGUGGUGGCGGAACUCAGCAUCUACUCGUGCCCGGCGACCUUACAGACGAGGACACAGUGAAGAAGACGGUGGAGGAAGUUAUCGCGCGCUUCGGCCGGCUGGACGUCCUGGUGAACAACGCCGGCAUCCUGGCCAUGGGCGGCAUCGAGACGUCAGACCUGGCGACGUACGACAGGGUCAUGAACAUUAAUGUCAGAUCUGUCUACCAACUGACCCAACUCUGUGUGCCUCACCUGAUCAAGACCAAAGGCUGCAUUGUCAACGUAUCCAGCGUCGCUGGAUGCAGAUCGUAUCCGGACAACCUGGCCUAUUGUGUGUCCAAGUGUGCCCUUGACCAAUUCACUCGUUGUGUAGCUCUGGAACUGGCACCAAAGCAAGUUCGAGUCAACUCUGUGUGCCCUGGUGUGAUCGUCACAGACAUUUUCAAGAAAGCAGGAAUGGAUGAGAAGGAGAAUGCAAUGUUAUUUGAAAAGUCCAAGCAGACUCACGCACUUGGUCGGCCAGGUGAAGUGGACGAGGUGGCACACGGCAUCGCCUUCCUGGCAUCGGACGCUGCUAGUUUCAUUACCGGAGUCAACCUCCCCAUCGACGGGGGCCGCCAUGCUAUGAGUCCAAGAGAAAUCUAACCAUGAGAGUUUAUAAUUAGAUAUAGUCGCACAUUUGGGAUUGUGAAUUAUAAAUGAUCAAUUCAGAACUGUAUGGGUAGGUAAUGUUUUGGCAAGCGUGAUUAUUGUAUAUGGACGACCGUGAGAAGAAUGUUCAUGGGGCUUUUUCUUUAUUCUUCAAGCAUCAUUUCGUUUUUACAGAGCAAAUUAUAUUGAAUUGGAAUCAUGCUGCACAUCCGGUUAAAAUAAUAAUAAUAAAAAUAAUAUAACACCGCAAACGUUUUAUUAGCAUAUGUACAUCACAGUUAGCUUUAGCCAAAAAGAACUGUUACCUAUAAGAAAGCAAAACGUUUCUUAUUCCACUUGUGCAAUUUUAUUCAUUCAAAAAACGUUGAAUAAAAAUGUCAAAUGGAUAUGUUUUAAAGUUUUUUAAUCACCAUCUUUUUAAAAUUAACAAUACCGUCAUUUUAAUUAGUAUGCAGCAAUGCACAAUAUUGUUUGUUGAGAACUACGACGGUAUUUUGUAUCGUUAGCGACGUCACUUCUGUUAAACCAAUCACAGGUCGAGCUUGGGCCCCACCCGGAAAUAUCUGCGCGUGGCUCUGGUCAUGAGUUUACAUGUGAACACGUCAGUGAAAUUUUACAGGUUGACUUUUUAAACGCAAAUGGCAUCAGGAGACGCAUAUAAAGUAAGUUACGCUUCGCUUCUCCCUCUUGUUAGAUCCAAGGGGCAUGAACUCUUCUCUAACAUGGUAGAAUAGAAUGUAUUUUAUUUCAUUCUUGGAGAAAAACAACGAAACGCAGCUCUAUAAUUCUGGUGAAAUUGGUGGAUCCCCCCCCACCCCCCGAAUAGGACUCUUAAAAGAAACGCAAGCAACCUCUUCUUACUGACGACUUGUAUUCCGUUCUUCGUCAUUCACAUUCAAAACAAUAUAAAGUCGCGGUUUUACAAUAUGACCGCCUCUGUCAUGUGGUUUCUGUGUUGCUUUUAUGGUCGCCCCAAAACUGGAACUCUCAAUUGCAAUUUAUGGAUGACCUUAGACAAAUUUAAAGAGGAAAAAAAAAUACUGCUUCAUAAAUGUUUGUGUUUUUAUUUGGUCGAAUCAUGUCAGCACUGAUUGCAAAUUUCCCCAGUGUGGGACAAAUAAAUAUCUAAUCAUCA